AGGCCAUCCGUCCGCUGCAAUCCUUUCAAAGAACGCAUUCUGAUCAAAAUAAAUCUUCAUUCGUUCUAACAUUCCCUGUUUCCGCCGGCCUUGAUGCAGUUAGACUCUUCAGCAGCAACCCCUGACGUCGGCAUCUAACGCUUGCCCUUUGGCCCCUGGAUCAGUGCCCACCGGAGCUGUAAACGACAGACCUUGGCAUGGAACUCCUUCCUUCCUUACGACAUGGGCCUAAGAGAGCUCAUAAGAAGGUUCGAACGGGAUGUAUUGCCUGUAAGACGAGGCACGUAAAAUGUGAUGAGCGAAGACCGCAAUGUAGCCAAUGCACCAAGCAAGCUAUUGCCUGCAGUUUCCUUUCAAAGGAACUAUGUCCUCCCACAGAGACUACGACACCAAAUCUGUCUCAUAGUCUUUCCUUCAGGGACGGAGCACUUGAUCUCAAUAUGCUUGAUCUCGAACUCAUACAUCACUGGACACUCUAUACAUAUGAUAGCUUGACAGUCAGCCCUGUGAUCAGGACUUUCUGGCUGAGAAAUGCGGCGCAAAUCGGGUUCCGCUGUGACUUCGUCAUGCGGAGCUUAUUGGCCCUGUCUGCCGUUCACCUAGCAACUCUGAACCCAGCGCGAGAAGAAGCCCUCUUUCGACAUGCACUGAAGCAUCACAACACAUCGACAGCGGCGACUAUUGCAUCAAUACACCAUAUAGAUCAAGUGGAAGAUGUCGCCAUGCGAGAAAACCUUUUCCUAUACUCAAUGUUCAUCAUGUUUUAUAUCAUCUCACAGACGGAACACCCCCAAGAUGCCUUCUUUGGCCGUCCGAGUCGGAAAGAAACAUCAUCCCCGGACUGGAUGGUAUUCUUCCACGGAUCAAGGUCAAUCGCGCUGGCGUCAAUGGCACUGCACACCACGACCAGUCUAACCCAUCCAGUGAUUGGCUAUACGAUGGGAAUGCUCGCAGAUCGUGAGAGGACAUCAAAGAAGCAAUACCUCAGCACCUUGCUUGCCCGCAUAAAAGAAGUCGAUUCGAACGAACAUUACGAAACGUAUCUGCAUGCCGCGGAAGAGCUUGAAGCAACCUUUGCGGUCCUGGCCGAGUUCCCAGAAAGCAGAGAUAUUUUCCACGGGUUCCUCUGGAUCAGCAACGUAUCGGACCACAGGGGAGAUCUGAUCGCCUUGAUCCAGGGUCGUCAUGCGUCACAGGAAGCGUUGGUUGUGUACACGUACUUUUGCAAGAUGAUCCAAAGGCUUCCGGCAAGAUGGUGGUCCGAAAAAUGGGUUCGGGGGCUCAAGGAUGGUGCACUUGCCUCCCUCGAUGAAGAGCAUCGAGCUUGGGUCGUUGAAUUGCCAAGUUGGACCUGAUUCGUCUUCAAGCACACCUCAGGCGCACAGCUUUAUCAAAUCGCCUCGGCCAUUAGGAAGCACCCGCAGACGUGCCGGUAUAAUCUCCAUAAUCCCGGAGGUUGACUCGUGCUUUACAAGCACCCAUGUUCACCCGAAUGGUUCACGGACAGCGCUGACAUCCAACCGAUGACAACCCUUUCGUAUGCAAAUGGCGUAAGCUGGAAAGCAACGUAGAUCCUAGUGCCGAAAUGUCGGAGAAUAAGCACCAUGCAUUAGAUGAAAUGCAUCGACUCUCAUUAGCGGAACGCUACAAUGGAUUUCGCGCGAUAGGUCGGGAGCCGUUAAGACAGGAUCCACCGCUCGGGAAACGGCCCCCGGCUGGGAAACUGGGACCCGAGAUCCGGGGAGAUCGGCGGGCCGGGCUACGUCGCGCAACCGAGCCGGAGCCAGGGGCCGGACUCAUAAGAGAGCAUUGUACUUUUAAGCCGUCGUUCGGCGGACGAC